GCUGAGCUCCGCUGGCUGGGCCUGACCGCCCUGCUGGCCGCCCUGCUAGGCACCCCGUGCGCGGCGGCGCAUCAGGACGAUAAGGCCAUCUCUGUGCCGGACCACGGCUUCUGCCAGCCCAUCUCCAUCCCGCUCUGCACGGAUAUCGCCUACAACCAGACCAUCCUGCCCAACCUGCUGGGCCACACCAACCAGGAGGACGCCGGCCUGGAGGUGCACCAGUUCUACCCGCUGGUCAAGGUGCAGUGUUCGGCCGAGCUCAAGUUCUUCCUCUGCUCCAUGUAUGCACCGGUUUGCACCGUACUGGAGCAGGCCAUCCCUCCCUGCCGCUCCCUAUGUGAGCGGGCUCGACAGGGUUGCGAGGCGCUCAUGAACAAGUUUGGCUUCCAGUGGCCGGAGCGGCUCCGUUGCGAGAACUUUCCUGUGCACGGUGCGGGUGAGAUCUGCGUGGGGCAGAACACGUCGGAUGCCCCGCCAGGGCCCGGUGGCGCGGGAGGUCGGGGAGCCACGGUGCAGCCCACUGCCGGCUACCUGCCUGACCUCACCCCACCACAGCCUGCCACCGGCUUCUCCUUUUCUUGCCCUCGGCAGCUCAAGGUGCCCCCCUACUUGGGCUACCGUUUCCUGGGGGAGCGGGACUGUGGAGCCCCCUGUGAGCCGGGCCGGCCCAAUGGGCUCAUGUACUUCAAGGAGGCGGAGGUACGCUUUGCCCGGCUCUGGGUGGGCGUGUGGUCCGUGCUCUGCUGUGCGUCCACCCUCUUUACUGUGCUUACCUACCUGGUGGACAUGCGCCGCUUCAGCUACCCGGAGCGACCCAUCAUCUUCCUCUCGGGCUGCUACUUCAUGGUGGCAGUGGCUUAUGCAGCAGGAUUCCUGCUGGAGGAGCGGGUGGUAUGCCUGGAGCGCUUCUCUGAGGAUGGCUACCGUACUGUGGCCCAAGGCACUAAGAAAGAAGGCUGCACCAUCCUCUUCAUGAUCCUCUACUUCUUUGGCAUGGCCAGCUCCAUCUGGUGGGUCAUACUGUCCCUCACCUGGUUCCUGGCAGCUGGCAUGAAGUGGGGCCACGAGGCCAUCGAGGCCAACUCCCAGUACUUCCACCUGGCUGCCUGGGCCGUGCCCGCUGUCAAAACCAUCACCAUCCUAGCCAUGGGGCAGGUGGACGGCGAUGUGCUCAGCGGGGUGUGCUAUGUGGGCAUCUACAGCGUGGACUCACUGCGGGGCUUUGUGCUGGCGCCGCUCUUUGUGUACCUCUUCAUUGGCACCUCCUUCCUGCUGGCCGGCUUUGUGUCAUUGUUUCGCAUCCGCACCAUCAUGAAGCACGAUGGCACCAAGACGGAGAAGCUGGAAAAGCUGAUGGUGCGCAUUGGGGUCUUCAGCGUCCUCUACACAGUCCCUGCCACCAUUGUCCUGGCAUGCUACUUCUAUGAGCAGGCCUUCCGUAGCACCUGGGAGAAGACGUGGCUCCUCCAGACGUGCAAAACCUAUGCUGUGCCCUGCCCUAGCCACUUUGCCCCCAUGAGCCCGGACUUCACAGUCUUCAUGAUCAAGUACCUCAUGACCAUGAUCGUUGGCAUCACAACGGGCUUCUGGAUCUGGUCUGGCAAAACCCUACAGUCCUGGCGGCGCUUCUACCACAGACUGAGUACCGGCAGCAAGGGCGAGACGGCGGUAUGAGACCUCCACCCGCCCUGGCACACACGCAGAAGAGAGGGUACUCGGCAGAGGGAGGCAACAGCGGCUCCCUGAAGACGGAGGAAGGGGGAAGCUUUUCAAAACUUUGGCUUUCUCACAGCGGGGUUAAAAAAUGAUCACUGCGUAAAGGACUGUGCACUGUGUCCAACGGUGCUUACGCCCGGCUGAGAGGAAAAGCACAGAAAGAGGCCGCUGCCGGGGCGGGAGAGCCUUUCGCUUUCCAGACAACCCCCUCUUUUUUCCCUGUGCAGGAAGGAAACCAACGCGGCCGAG